AUGGCGAAGGUGCGUCCGCGGGUUGUCGAGACGACGAGAACGCGCGACGGCGAACGGUUGGGGUUUCUGGAGCCUCAAUACGCGCGGGACGCGACGACGCGCGCGCGCGCUUGUUUUCACGCGCGAAAUUGUCGCGUUAUCCGUCGCGCGUGCGAUGAAACUGACUUCGGUGAACUUUUCGUGCGCGAUAAGGUGAUGGACGCCGCGACGUCGGCGCAAGGUCUGCCGGGAGUGGCUGGGAAGCGGUGCGCGCACUGCAACACGCAGACGACGCCGUUGUGGCGAAACGGCCCGGAUGGCCCGAAAACGCUGUGUAACGCGUGUGGGGUGAGAGAUAAUAGGAGACACGCGAAGGCGAAUCGAGUGGCGAAGCCGUCGACGCCGAAAGCGUCAAAGGGGGGUAAAUCAAACGGAAAAGGAGAGGGGAAAAAGCGAGGCGCAUCGUCGCCGAGCAAGGGGGAGAAGAAGGAUGCCAAGAAACAGAAGCCCGCGCGCGAUUACUUCGCGCCAAAGGCAAACAUUCACGUUCCGAACUUCAACGUUGUGUCGGAUUACGAAGCGUUGCACGCCGGCGGAUUCAGACAACCGGCCAAGUAUUUGCGUCAGCAAGCGCCGGAUCAUCAACUUCACCGAUUCGGCCCGGGCACGGCGGCGUCCAUGUACGAGGCCACGGCAGCGGAUUUCAAGUGGCUCGAACACAUGAAUGCUGACGAGCCACUUGAAGGCAAGGGAUCGGAGGUGUGCACGACGACGCCGAACGCCAACUACAUGCGUCCAGAACACUUGGAGAAGCUCUUCGACGUCUUUGAGGAAACGUCUUGGGCGGCGUCUGCGAUGCCAACGCAAGAGCAGGCGGCGCAAACCGUACUCGGCAACAUCUUCAACUCGGCCAACACCGCGGAGGGGAAGCUUGAGGAUGUUUUGCACUGGGCGUCGAACGCACAGUUGGGCGACGGUCAACUCGUUAACCUCAAGGCUGAGGCUGAAAACUGGAACCCAUUCGAUUUGAAUGACGAACGAUCCAAUCAAAGCUCAUCGGAAACGGCCGCGGCACCGUUGACACCGAGUGGGAGCGUUCAAUUCUUGCAGAAGCGAGCGUCUCCUUCGGACGGCGUUCCAUCGGAAAACGGUGACGACAAUUCGUCGACGCAGUCUGCCGACGAUCUCAUCGAACGUCAGUAUGCGACGAAUACGGUUCGUCAACCGUCGGAAAACGUAAAGAGCAGUGAUCUCGGCACCCGCGCCCAUGUGGGUAUGACGCGUCGCGGCGGUAAAUCUAUGUUUAUCGCUCGCGGCGCCCGUGUGCCGCGCCCCCCGACUGGAGGCAAGAGUGAGCUCAAGAACGCAGUCAAAAUCGUUAACCAAAUAAACGACAAAAUAUUCAAGAUCAACAAAAAAGCACCCUCUCUUGCGGUGUUUUGCAAGAUCUACCGGUACUGGCUCAACAUGCGAUGGAAAAACGGAGGGAAACCUUUGCUUUCGCGCUUUGAUCCAGUGCCUCCGUUGCGGCUGAGAGAGCGUCCCGAACUUGCCACGGAAUCUGAGCAACUCGCUUAUUUAUUCUGUUUCAAUCUUCAGGCCGUCUCGAGGCAGCAAAAAGAGAGAGCGCUUAGAGCAGAGCAAGCUGAAGCGCAGAGGAAGCGACGCCGCAGACCGUGUUUCAAUCCGGCUGCGACAAAGCGUCGUCGCCGCGUCCAGGCGGCGAUGGACGAUGCCGUCUCACUACCUCUGACGAUUACGUUUGAUCCGCUCGAUGAGCUCUUAGCGCACGGGUGGGACGUCGUUCAGUACGAUCCCAGCACGUGCGUUGUGCCCAAGAAGAAGAAAAUUAUCAGCGAAAGCACAAAGGAACGUGCGAUUAAAAAGGAGGAACCCGUGAAGAAAUCUGGCGCGAACAGACCUGCGCCGGAUGCCCUCGCGUCUCCUCCCCGUCGUUCGGUUGAGAAAACUGAGUUCGACGUCGCGCAAAUCGUUGUUCCGAACGAGUCUGUCUUGCCGCAAUCCGACCCUCAUUUGAAGUCUCCGAUGGGAGCGGCGGCGGCCAAGGCGGGCGCGUUGGUGAAAAACUUUGUGUCUUCUGUUGGGUGCGCUCUUGGCUACGGUGGUAACGGGAAAAAAUGUCUUUUGGUUAAUGGAUCCGUCGGGGGUCAUCUAAGCGCACCGACGACGCCAACGCGUCGAUCGACGCGUGUAAAGACGAGCGAUUGGAACGCCACGUUCUAA